AGAGGGAGGACGCCGGCCCUCGACCAAUGGGCGCCCGACACCUGCACCCGGCUGGCUAAUAUUACACCAGUCACCUGUAGGAGGCUCCUGUAGCAGUGAGCCGCCUCGCCCUAGGCCAACGGAACUGGGAAUUCAGCAGUUUAGUGCAAGAUGUCUGUUCCAAUAUUAAAUUAUCGGACGCGAGGAUGGAUGCGCAUGUCAGUUGAGAAGCAAGACACACUGCUCAAGAUGGCAGUUCUCUCUCUGGCUGCAAUUCUGUCAUUUUCGUGCAGGUUGUUUUCUGUUCUUCGGUUUGAGUCGGUUAUCCAUGAGUUUGAUCCGUACUUCAAUUACCGCACCACCAAGUUUUUGGCCGAGGAAGGCUUCUACAAUUUCCACAACUGGUUUGAUGAUCGAGCAUGGUAUCCACUGGGCAGAAUUAUUGGAGGUACUAUCUAUCCAGGAUUAAUGGUGACAUCAGCUGCCAUCUAUCAUGUCUUGAAUUGGCUCAACAUAACCAUAGAUGUUCGCAAUGUAUGCGUAUUUCUGGCGCCGCUCUUCUCCUCCCUUACAACUCUUGUCACGUAUCAUCUAGCCAAGGAAUUGAAGGGUCCCGGUGCAGGGCUGGUUGCUGCCGUCAUGAUAGCCAUCGUGCCGGGCUAUAUAUCCCGUUCCGUAGCCGGCUCCUACGAUAAUGAAGGUAUUGCAAUUUUCUGCAUGCUGUUGACGUACUACAUGUGGAUCAAGGCUGUGAAAACCGGCACACUCUUCUGGUCGACGAUGGCGUCUCUCGCUUACUUCUACAUGGUAUCAUCUUGGGGUGGGUACGUGUUCCUGAUAAACAUCAUACCUCUGCAUGUGCUGACCCUGAUGAUCACUGGCCGCUUCUCACACAGGGUGUACGUGGCAUAUUCCACCCUCUACGUCAUUGGUACCAUCCUCUCCAUGCAGAUAUCAUUUGUUGGGUUCCAGCCGGUCUCUACAUCUGAGCACAUGGGGGCAUUUGGUGUGUUUGGACUAUGCCAGAUACAUUCUUUUGUCGACUACGUGCGUUCCCGCUUGAAUAAGGUGCAGUUUGAGGUACUGUUUCGUGCGGUUAUCUCGACUGUUGCUGUGGCAGGUGUCUUGGUGUUGGUGGUGCUGACAGCUAUGGGCAAGAUUGCACCGUGGACGGGAAGAUUUUACUCGCUGUUGGAUCCAUCGUACGCCAAGAACAAUAUUCCCAUAAUUGCGUCUGUGUCAGAACAUCAGCCCACGGCCUGGUCUUCCUUCUACUUCGACUUGCAGAUGUUAACAUUCAUGUUCCCUGUGGGUCUAUAUUUCUGCUUCUCCAAACUUACAGAUGAGAACAUCUUCAUCAUUCUUUAUGGAGUUCUCAGCAUUUAUUUUGCAGGCGUGAUGGUGCGUCUGAUGCUGGUGUUGGCUCCAGUGAUGUGUAUCUUGUCGGGUAUUGCCGUGUCUUCGAUGCUCUCCACAUACAUGAAGCAAAUUGAUGAGGUCAAGACGGAGAAAAAGAAAGCCAAGUUUGAAGGCAAUUAUUUUAUGAGAAGCGAGAUCGCCACAUUUUUUGUGUGUGUAAUGUCGGUAUUUUUGGUGAUGUACACACUGCAUUGCACCUGGGUAACUUCAGAAGCGUACAGCUCCCCAUCAAUUGUUCUUUCUGCACGUGGUCAUGAUGGCUCCAGAAUCAUAUUUGACGACUUCAGGGAGGCCUAUUACUGGCUGCGUCACAAUACCCCCGAAGAUGCUAAAGUGAUGUCUUGGUGGGAUUAUGGAUAUCAGAUAACAGCCAUGGCCAACCGAACUAUCCUUGUGGACAAUAAUACUUGGAACAAUACACACAUAUCCCGUGUUGGUCAAGCCAUGGCCAGCACGGAAGACAAAGCUUACGAGAUAAUGAGAGAACUUGAUGUAGAUUACGUCUUGGUCAUCUUCGGAGGACUGACGGGCUAUUCUUCCGAUGAUAUCAACAAAUUCUUGUGGAUGGUACGUAUUGGAGGAAGCACCGAGAAGGGCGGUCACAUAAAGGAACACGACUAUUACACUCCUGCUGGGGAGUUCCGUGUGGAUAAAGAGGGCUCGCCCACACUGUUGAACUGCCUCAUGUACAAGAUGUGCUACUAUAGGUUUGGCCAAGUCUACACCGAAGGAGGUAAACCACCUGGAUAUGAUAGGGUGCGCAAUGUAGAAAUAGGAAACAAAGAUUUUGAAUUGGAUGUUUUGGAAGAAGCGUACACGACAGAACAUUGGAUUGUUCGUAUUUACAAAGUGAAGGAUUUGCCAAACAGAGGAGCCUAGAGCUAAACUUUGAAUUAGUCAAUUAACCAAUAGUAAACAUUAAGUAGUGUAAUUUUGAUACAGGUUCCCGUGCAGUAUUUGGAUUGACCUUCGAUCCCUAUUUUUGUGAUCCAAUAGGUCUUUGUUGAUGGUGCUUGCUGAUGACACAAGUUGUGGAAUAUUUUCCCAGUCUGGUUAUGUAAAUAUACUCAGAAUAAUUAUGGAGUUGUGAAUUAUUCUAUGAGAAAACAUUGACUAGUAUGAUUGGGAUUCCACCUGCCUUCCCGAGCUCCUCGGGCACGUGCACUACCAACUGGACCACGAUGGGCUUGUCAUUAGUGGUGUGAGAGUGGCUGAGGGGUUCAAGGGUGUGUGUGUGUUCAGUCCCACUCAACGACUUCAGUGUUUUCACGUAGAUAUAUCGUGUAAUUGUGAUUGCAUCAUGUAUGGUGUAAUGACAUUCAUACGUUCUUGAAAUAUGGAAAUAUUUCCGCUGUGAAUAUUCUCAUAAAGAAGAAAUUAUUAAUUCAUAAUAAAUUUUUUUUGUUUUUGCUCUCUGUUAAAGGGUGUUAUGAUGGCCUUGAAAUGCUUAAUUGGGCUUGUAUAUAAACUUUAUUGCACAAUUUUUUCUUCAAAAUUGCCAUACUAAAAAUUAAUGCAUUUUUUUCACCAUGAAAAAAUUAAACUAAAAAUGCUUGUUAAACUCUUGUUCUAAGGUAUGUGAUGUUGAGGACAUUAGCUAUAAUGUUCAGAAGCACAAGAUAACUAUGUUUAAAAGAUAAGAUUUGUUGUAUUUGGAGGCACAUGGCUUACGACGAGGCUGUGUGAUGGGAUCGUACCCACGUCCCUGGACUCCUCGGGCACACGCACUGCCCACUUGACUCUGAGGAACUGGACCCCAUCGUACGGCUCUAAUAUUUCCUUAUGGGUAUAACACGUACUAGUGAUUCCAGUGUGCAUAUGGUUUUAAAAUGGUUUAAUUUUGUUUACUUAAUGUAUCUCCUCCUCUAUGCAUACAGUCAAGCACUAUAUGACUGUGGUGGUUUUAACCUGUCCUCCAAAAUUGAUGGUUAUUAUAGCAACUAUUGGUCAAGUGUACACAAUUGGACUGUUGCACCCAAAAAGAGGCAACUUUUGUAUUAUCGAUUUUGUGGAAGAUACAAGUAAGAAGCGAACCUAAACAUGUGUAGGCUGGAGAUGGUAUAUAUUUGAGGUAAGAUUGCAUAUUUCGGACGUUGAUGACCAAACUACCCGUCGGAAGAUGAGGGGGAAACAACGUUUCAGUCCAUCCUGGACCAUUAUCAAGAGGAUUGUGACGGGUGCGAGGGAGGUGCGGGAAUUUAGUAAGGCAAGAAAGAGAAAGGCGAGGAGCGGGUAAGGGGAGGAAAUUCCCAGAAGACUAUCUUGAGCCACGUUAUUGUGACUCGUUGCCCAACAGGUUAGGUUGUAUAGCUACAGUUACACUACUUGGCCAUGCCAUUUACAGUAUUUAAAAAAUAAAAAACUUAAAUUUUUUUGUACUACAAAACGAAAGUUAUUAUUUUGUGUACAAUAGUCGAUUUUUGUAUGUUCGAGGAAUGGUUACUAAAAGUACCAUAAUUUUUGGAAGAUGGUUUUUUUUUUUUUUGACAGCAGGAUAUUGCUGUUUGUUAAGUUCAAAGUCGGGCACAAAAUAUUUAGGUUGCUUUUCCAUGAUUGAAAUGUCCUCAGUCCUGGUGUAAUAGGGGAAGACAGUUUUUGUAAGGUGUGUGUGAGAGCAUUCCAGAAGUGCACUAAUUGGUGCAUUUAAUAAAAGAGUUUUACAUA